AACGGUUUAAUCAUUUAUAAUUAUAUUUGUAAUUUAAGGUUGUAGCUAAUUAUUUGAUGUGAUUAUGGAUCAAGAAUAUUAUUCGUCUAUGUAUAAAUGGUUCGAAAAAUGUGGAGUGAUAUCAAACAUAAGAACGCAUCUUCGUCAAAAUUUAAUAAACGCAUUAAAAAAUAAAGAUCUUAUAUUGAAAAGCGAUGGUCCCAAAUCUGCAAAACAAUACAUUUACGAUUUAUUAAUAGCAGAGUAUUUAUUUAAUCAUAAUUAUGCUUAUACUUUGUCUGUAUUUGCCAGUGAAGCACCAUUGUUAAUAAACUUUACAAAUAAAAUAAUUCAAAAGUCUAAUGGGAAUGAAAAUGAUAAUAAAGGGAAAUUAGAAAAUGAUUAUAUAUUACACACAUUGGAAACAUUGGGUAUUAAUCCUCAUGAUGCUAAAGGUCAAUAUGUUAUAUCACAGUACACUAAAAAUGAUAUGCCAUUACUCUUAUGCAUACUCAAGUGCAUAACAAUGUUCUCCUAUAAUAUGCAUAAUAGUGUGCCAAUAAAAGAGAAAGUAAUUUUGUGUAAUGAGUCCACACAAACUCAAUUUUCUUGGCAAUCUCAUAGCUUGCAAGUAGAAAAAUUAAUUGCCCUAAAAAGAAAAAUAUCUAUGCAUAAGCAAAUAGUAGAUGAUAAGCUACGUAAACGAGAAAUUAUAUUAAAAGAACAAGCAGUGCUUAUUGAACGGCAACUGGAUGUAUUAAAUACAAAAUUGCAACAAGUUCAGAAUGUUGCACGUUCAAUAAGCUUGAAAGAACAACAGCUAACGGAAAAAUCACAGAACAGUGAAAAACAAAUUUUACAGAAAGAAAUGGAAUUGGCAUUAAAAGAAAGAUUAUUAUUACAGGAAGAAAAUAGACUGCAGAGGGAACAAAAUGACUGCAAAAAGUUGGAAGAAGACUUAAAAAAAUUACAGGAAGAAGAAAAAACAAAAAAAAUAUCUACAAGUCGCAAUUUAAAAAAUAUAGAUAUACAGACGGACUUUGUAAUCGAUUUAUUGCAAGAAGAUAAGAUCAAGAUGCUUACUAAAGAAAAGGAAGAAUUAACUACUCUUAUAGAAGAUCAACAAUUAAAAAUAGAACAAAUAACCCAACGUGCCCUCCAGUUAUGUAGACAAAUAGAAGGAAUACAUGCGUUAAAGUCCACUAGCAUAGACGCUCCAGCGCAAACUGUAAAUACAAAUACAAUCAUCAGUGAAAGUAGUUCAACAGAAGAUAUUCUUCAGGAUGCAAAAUUAAGACUUAAACGCUUGGAGGAAGAAAGUUUGAGAGCAGAUCAAUAUUAUUAUAAUUUUAUUAAUAAUUCGCCUUAAUGUUACUCCUAAUAGUAAUUUAAUAGCUGUACAAUAAGAAUUAGCAAGGCAUCAUAUAUGUAUAAGAAUAAUUUGCAUACUGCAACAGUAUCAUUCAUAUUGAAUUAUAUAAUAUAAUGCAUAUAAUAAUUAGAUAGAAAUAUGAAUAAAUGUUUUUCUCGGUUUUUGGAGUACAUAUUACAUGGUAAGUACAAUGAAUGAACAAUCAGGUAUGAAAUUUGUGACAAUGUCUUUAUUGCAAUCACUAAUUCCUAUUUAUUAUAAACUAUAUAAAAUUUCAAUUAUAUGUACAAAUUUAAGACUGAAUUG